AUUUGUCGUCUGUGAUAAAUCGCUAUCUGUGUAAAAAACGAAAACUCAAAACAUUUUUUGAGGAACAGGAAAGCGAGAAGAAAUAAUAAUUCUAUUUGUUUAGUUUCAAUAUAAAUAUCCUUCGUAUUUAAGUGAAAUUUAAAAAUCAUUGAUAAAUCAUUACUGUCUUAAACUUGGGUGAAAAUGAUACAACCAGACUACCCUUCAGCUAUAGGUCUGCUAGCUCAUCUGAACUCAGAUGAGCUCAAGGAAAUGCUUAACGAUGAUACCAAAUUUGAUUCCGUACUCAAAGACGUGAAACAGGUAAAAGAUUGGGAGACGGAGAAAGAGAUGAUCAUAGCAAGCAACAGAUCUUUGGCAGAGUUCAACUUGAGCAAAGAACCGGACUUAGAAGAGCUCAAAGCUGAGGUGCAGCAGAAGUCUUCAACAGGAGAACAGUUGUGCAGUCGCAUUCAAGAACUCUUGAGUGAAUACAAAUCAAAAUCAGCAGGCAUAUCACCAGACACAACUUUGGCGUUGCUGCAAACAGCGGCUGCAGAAUCGGAAGAACAAUCAGAAAAUGUAGCACAAGAUUUUCUCACUGGAAAAAUAGAUGUAGACAAGUUUCUUGAAGACUUUGAGCCAAUACGAAAAAAAAUGCACUUGCAAAAAUUCAAAUCUGAAAAAAUGAGUGAGCUGCUAAGAACUGGCAGUCAAAGUUCCUUUGGUAAUGGACUAGCGAAACCAUAUUUACCAUAUCCGAGCUACGGAAAUCAAGGUGUGCCAAAUAUUCCAUAUCCAAUAGGUCCAUUAAAUAUGCCCAUGCCUGGUAUGUAUGGAAAUCACUUUUAAAACUAGUCUAUUUUGAAAAUGUGUAAUAGUGUAAUAUUAAAUCACAAUUCAACGAAAGAAAUGUAUUUAAAGAAAUAAAUUUAAAAAUAUUGCACUUUGCUGUCAGAUAGGUAAUCAUGUCAAACACUGUAUCUAUGUAGAUAUAUUAAAUAUAUAAAUAGAAAAGAAACAAUGAUAAUGACAAAUAACUCACACACACAAUAAUAUUGUCAAUAUGUUGAGUAAGGUUUCCCCAUAAGUAAUAAUAAUAUGACACUAGUAGACGUCUGUGACUUCAUCCGCUUGGAAUUUAGUUUUUCACAAAUCCUUUGGGCACCAUGAAUUUUUCCCGGGAUAAAAAGUAGCCUAUGUGUUCUUCUUUCUUCUUCUUCUUUCUUCUGGGCCGUUUCCGCACUUAGCCAAGUGUUUGGCCGUUGUGCGUGGGUCCCUCGGUGUAGGUUCCCGCUGGAUUUAUUCCAUCCAGCCGAGCUCGCUCCAGAAGCUUAGCAGGCCGCCCAGGUCGCCGAUAGCCUCAUGGAGUGUCGCUGAGGAGCCAAUGUAGGUUGCUCGUUGUUCCGUUACGCCUCUGCAACUGAGCAUAACGUGUAGCGGUGUCUCGUCCUCCUCCAUGCAGGCUCUGCACAGAGGACUGUCGGUCAUACCUAGAAUUGAAAGGUGUUUGUUUAGCGGGCAGUGACCUGUUAUUAGUCCAACUACUGUUCUCAGCUUGUCUCGUGUGAGGUUCAUAAGUUUCUUUGUUAUCCUUGGGUCGAGGCCUGGGAGUGCCUCUUUUGUAUGUCUACAUGUGGUUAUGCUGUCCCAUAGUUCGGCGUGGGUUUUGAUGGUUUGUUUGUGCAACCAUGUUUUGUAUUCACUGAAUGGUAUGGGUACUAUUGGUUCGGGUCCUACUACCUUCAGUGUCGUGGCGCGACGCGCCAGUUCAUCAGCCGCUUCAUUACCUAAAAUUCCGCUGUGUCCCUUUAUCCAUCUUAAGGUAACUAAGUUAUUUGUUGCAAGUUUUGUUAGGGCCUUGUGACAGUCUAGCAGUAGUUUUGACGUAGUCGAGUGUUUUGCCAGUGCUUUUAGUACUGCUUGACUGUCGCUAAGUAUAUUAAUGUUAAAAUUUUAACCUGUCUGUUGGUCACGUCAACAGCCGCUGUUGUGAUGCCGACGCAUUCCGCCUGGAAGACUGAGUUGUGCUUACCAAGCGCUUGUGCAAUCCGUAUGUUGAGGUCUUGGCAGUAGACUCCUGCUCCAGUACCUGUGUCAGUCUUUGAUCCAUCCGUGUACACAUUUAGGGCGUCAGGGUUUGUGUAGUAGUCACUGGCUUCUUCAGUGUUGAUUUUGUAGGGUUUGUCCAUCACGAAUUGUUUCUGUGUUUUAUCGCAUAUCCACUCCAUACUUGGGUUCAUUUGUAUUCCCUCUUUUAAGAUGUUAGUGUGGGAUGUGUUUGUUUGUAUCCACAACCCGCAUGUUUUUAGUCUAAGGGCUGUAAGCGUCCUCUUUUAUGUGGAGGUGUAAUGGUGGAAUUCCUAGUAUUACUUCCAUUGCAGCUGUAGGUGUUGUGCACAUACUGCCCGUUAUGGAUAGCAGUGCUUGUCUUUGGAAUUUUUGAAGUUCCUGUUGUGUUGUUGUUUGGAGCACUUUUGGCCACCAGACUAUAGAAGCAUAUGUCACUGAGCUUCUUACGACUGUAAGGUACCCACCACAGUAGCCACUUCAUUAUGUGCGGUUUUAGUCCCCAUGUUUUGCCUAUCAUGCGUUUGCACUGACAUAGGAUGAUUGUAGAUUUUUGAAUUUUCGUUUCAAUAUGUUUUUUCCAGUUUAACUGUUGAUCUAGUGUUACCCCUAAGUAUUUUACCUCUGUGGUUAACUUUAGGGUUACUUUGAAUAAAGUCAGUGUAUUUCGAAUGUUUGGUUUUCUUUUGUUUGUGAACAGAAUGAGUUCUGUUUUUCUGGGGUUAACAGAUAGUUCGUUGAGUGUACACCAUUUCUCUAUCUGCUUGAGUGCAUCUUGCAUUAUUCCACUAAGGGUGUUUUCAUGUUUUCCUCCUAUUAGUAUUGUUAGGUCGUCGGCGUACCCUAUUGUUAGGAAGCCUUAGUUGUUCAGUUUGCUGAUUAGUUCAUUUACCACCAAGUUCCAUAGUAGUGGUGAGAGUACACCUCCUUGAGGGCAUCCUCUGGCAGCGAUGGCUUGGAUUUUUCCAUUUAUGUUUAUUUGUAUCGCCCUGAGUGAUAAAAGGGCGUUUAUCCAUUUUCUUAUUGUUGAAGGUACAUUAUGUCGUUCAAUGGAUUUUUCUAUGCUUUUGAACGUGGUUUUGUCGAAGGCUCCUUCUAUGUCCAUAAAGGCUCCUAGUGUUGAUUAUUUUUUUUUCCAUGUUGUGUUCUAUUUUGUUGACCACUGAGUGUAGGGCUGUUUCUGUGGAUUUGCUGGUACUGUAUGCAUGUUGGUUCGGAUGUAGAGGGGUAUUACUUAGUACCCCAUCCCGUACAAACCUGUCUACUAACCUUUCCAGGGUUUUUAGUAAGGUAGUGGGUGGAGGGAUGGCCAUCGCUACUGACGUCAUGUUAAAAUCUGAGUCCUGUCUAGCUGGGGUCGGGCGUGUUUGAGUAUCGGUUGGUAUUAGGGUAGUUGGGUCAUGGGUGGGUUCGUUUUUAGUUGAUGCGUCGGUCCUAUUUUCGUUGCCAGGUCGUUGGGUGAGCGAUGCGCAAGGCGGGUUCUCGCCCCCCCCCCCCCCCAGAAUACGCAGGGCGGACUGUAGCCGCACCGCCGUCCGGUAAUCCAGUGAUCGGCGGUAGUAAUUUUCUAUUUGAAACCGUCUUCAUAUUUGUCCGAAGUAUGUGUGGUUUGUGGAGUAUCUGACUGUAUGGUGUGGUGUGUAUUGUGCUUGUGCUGAUGGGGACGUGAUAAAGGGAAGGAAGGGGUUAAGUGAGGGUAUUUUGGUUUUUUUUGGAUCAUGGGAUUGGGUUUUAGAAUUCCUGCCAGAGUUGGGUGUGACCUCUGGCCUGACCGUUCCGGAUCAGUCUUUUAGAGGUGAUUUAGACCUUACGGCCACUGGUUACCGCUUCAUGGGUGUGAGAAAAGCCAUGGUUUGUCAGGAUAUUAACCGCCGCCCGAGGUUCGGCGUUGACCUUUUACAGCAGGUAUAGUCUCUCCUGCUAACCCUCCUCCUUUUGCAUCCGGACUUGGGACCGGCAUCGGUGGAGUUAGCCUUAGCCUAUGUGUUAAUCCAGGCUAUAAUAUAUCUCAAUACCAAAUUUUAGCUAAUUUGGUUCAGUAGUCGAGGCGUGAAAGAGCAACAAACAUUCAUAUUAAUAAAUCAUCAGUUUUCGCAAAUCUCGGGAAACCAUGGAUUUUUUCUGGAUAAAAAGUAGCCUAUGUGUUAAUCCAGAGUAAAAUCUAUUUCCAUUCUAAAUUUCAGCCAAAUUCAAUAGUAGUGGCGUUAAAGAGUAACAAACAUCCAAACAUUAUUACAAACUUUCGCGUUUAUAAUAUUAGUAGGAUAGGAUAUUGAUUAUUAUUGCUGGUUAGGACUAGCUUAUUCUACAUAUUGUCAAUAUCAAUAAUACUGACAAUAAGUAUUAUUGAUUGUGUGUGAUUCCUUUAAAGUUUUAUUCUAUGGAGUCUUGUUAUAGAAUUUGAAUUUUUACUGAUAACAGGUAUUAUUUUUUUGAUAAGAAAAGUAUCCGUAUACAAACCGGCCUCUGUGGCGCAGUGGUAUGCACGAUGGAUUUACAAUACAGAGCUCUUGGGUUCAAUCCCAGACUGGGCUGAUUGAGGUUUCUUAAUUAAUCCAGGUCUGGCUGGUAACUGGCCACACCCGGGAUGCUUCGGCCGGCAUAGACGUACCGUCAAGCGAUUAGAGUUCUGGUACAAUGUACUGAUGUACGGUACGAAAGGGGUGUGGAUUUUUAUCCUCUUCCUAACAAGUUAGCCCGCUUCCAUCUUUGAUUGCAUCAUCACUUACCAUCAGGUGAGAUUGUAGUCAAAAGCUAACUUGUAAAGAAUAAAAAAAACCUCUAAGAAAAUUUAUAUGAUGUAUGUACAUGUAUGUCCCUGAUUUUAUAGAACAAACAGAUAUUUUUAAGUUGUAUAUAUUGUUUUUAAUCAAGACUAACCAUAAUAAAUAGAAUGCACUUUAGGACUGCUAUCACACAAAUAAUGGAUGCCAACAUAUUUUAAAAUAAUGUCAAUUGUGUUAGUAGAUAACUGAGGAUAAAUCCUAAUAAUAUAGAAUAUAAUUAAAUCUUUAACAGUCCGCUUGUUGUUGGUGCUUGUAGAUAAAAGGGAUCAUGUUUUAAAAUGAAUAAAUACUAUUGUGAUUUUCUAUUCUUUUUAAUUAAUUAAUAAAUGCUAUUGUUGUAUAAGCAAUUAGCAAAAGUCAUCCAUAUUCUGUAUAACAAUUUGAUUUUCAUGUCAUCUCAUUUUUUUUAUAUUAUUGUUUAGGUAAUAUGAAUGUAUAUUGAAAUUUAUUUUCUGAUAUAAAAUGUAACUAUAGAUAUAAAUAUUAAAUAUAUGAAAAAGUUU